GAUGCAGACUGAUGCUUUCAUUUUGAAGGAGCGGGGCUCAGCAGGAGCGUUUCCUGUCAGGUUUGUUGUUGUCUCGCCCUGUUUCCGGUGUGGAUGCAGCUGUUGGAGGUCCCAGCAUCAAAAUGACCAAGCUGCAGCUGCUGAACGCCUACCUGACGGAGCGGCUGUCGGUGGUGGUGAAGGAAAUCUUGGACGUGGUGGAGGACACGGUGGCCGAGUACCGGGAGGAGACCGCCAGAGCCAAGCGAGAGAACGAGAGCCUGCGGAGGCAGCUGCGGGACAUCCUGCUGCUGGAGGCCGGGACCGAGUGGCUGAAGUCUACCAGGUCCAGUCUCGGUUUGGCAGCUCCUGAUCGGCAGCCCGGUGAGCCUGAGCGGAGGUCCCGCUCUGAGGAGCCAGACUCCGGCCCGAACCCACCCCGACAGCCGCCGCCUAAAGCGGUCAAGCCGACGACCCAUGAGCAGGUAGUGUCUGUGCAGCUGCUGGCGGUCCACAGCGACCCAUCACCGGGGCCAGUCCACCUACCAGUGGACACGAAGACUGUGGAGCCGCGGGACCCGGCGCUGAAGGCUGACCGUCUACAGGAAGUGUUUGGGAAAGCUUCACCCAUUACCUUGCACUCCUCCCUGAAUCUUCCCUCCGCUUCAGCCCCCAAAAUUCACAUUGAAGUUCCUCAGGUGGUCAGGGAGGAGCCCCGGGCUCCGCCCCCUGCACUCAUCAAAGCUGAACCUGAAGAGUACAGUGUGAGCGAGCCUGAAGGUCACACGGACUCUUUGACCGGUGCUGCUCACAUUGCGGCCGAAGAGUUCCGGAGCAGGGUGGAUGCAGAGAGGGCGGCGGUGGUGGUGGGUGCAGAAAGGCAGGAAGCUCAGAAGAACAGGAAGUCCUCUCAGGAGAAGCCGCCGCCUGCAGACGGCACAGCCUCUGCUUUCAUACCUGAACUCGUGCAUCGCUGCCCACGCUGCGGCGAGGCGUUCGGCCAGGCCGCCAGCCUCCGCAUCCACCUGGAGCAGAAGAGGAAGACCUACGCCUGCGAUUGGUGCUGCAAGUCCUUUGCGCAGUCAGCCGACUUACGGCGCCACCUGCGCACGCACACGGGCGAGCGGCCACACCGCUGCACCUUCUGCUCCAAGAGUUUCAGCCAGAGAGGAAACCUGCGGCGGCACCUGCGCAUCCACACGGGCGAGCGGCCGUACAGCUGCCCGUUCUGCUGCCGCACCUUCAGCGACGGCGACACCAUGAAGAAGCACAAACGCACGCACUCGGGAGAGAAACCGUACCGCUGCGCCCAGUGCGCCAAGACCUUCACCAGCGCCAGCGGCCUGCAGAUUCACAUGAAGAAGGACAUGUGCUUCGUGACUAACGCCUGAUUGGGCGCUUCAGGACAGAUGCAGUUUGGAUUCACUGGAAUGAGCUGAAGGAUCAGCCAGAAAGGCUUCAAAACAACAGCCAAUCAGAGUCCUCAAAUUAAAGCUGGAAGUAUGACUCUUGGUGUCACUGUGAUGUGCUUUGUCGGGAUGCACCGAUCCGAUAUUUUAGACAAAUGUCUGUCGAUCCCGAAACCGUUUCAGGUGCUCUGUUUGUUCUCGUCAGCAGGGAGGGUGCUCACGGAGAAGGAUCGGUGGUCUUUCGUACUGACGCACCCACAGAUUUAAUUUCAUUUCUGUGUGUGUAAAAGUGUGUAACAUUGGUCAGCAGGAAAGACUCCCACACUGAGCCUGAAUCAGACCGCUGACAACAAGUCAGGUGAAUAACAUAUUUAUGAUUCUUUUUUAUUUAUGCGCUGGUUGUUUUUGGAGUUUAUUUGACCAAGUUAGCAAAACUAAGUUCAGCUGACCCUCACAGAGGCUCAUUGAGAUUUAAAAUCUCUUUUUUAAGAGCCAUCUCAGGAGGCAGCAGAGACGUGAAGUCAGCCUGAAGGUUUUUAAUGGUGCAAAUUUAAUGAUUUUACCAAAUCAGUUUUUACUCAGAUUAUUUUUACACAUUUCUGUGAUCUCAUGAAGAACACUCAGAGGCAUUUGAGGAGUUUCAAAAACUGUUAUUGGCAAAUAAAUGUAUUUAAGCGUCAGCAUUUCCUCUGUUUUCAUGCUGGAUCUCAGCUUCUGCUCGUGAUCCUGACUGAUGGAGCUCCAGGCUCCUCACUGUUUGUGGGCUUCUGCUUCUUAGGCACUGAUCACAGAUUCUGGAACAGAUUAAGAUGUGGUCGAGUUUCCCACAUCCAAAAUGUUAAUUUGAUGAUGUUCUGUUUUGUGACAUGGAGCUCCAUCAUGCUGAGCCUGAACAUGCUCAGACUGCCAACAAACUGCUCCUGGAUCAGUGGAAGAAGUCGGUCUUUGGUCCUGAGAAGGAGAAGCUCACAAACUGUGAAAUGUCCAUUUCAGCUCCUGUAGAUUUAAGGAAAAGUGACACGUGAUGUUAUCCUGCACAUAAGAACGAUUCAGUGUCUUCAUCCCAGUGAGGAAACUGACUCUGGGACUGGGUUGAAUACCUGAAGCCGGUUUAUCGUUAAAAAGUCGAAUCGGUGCAUCCCCGCUGCGAGCAGAAGCAUUAUUGAUUCAUGAAGAAAGAGCAGCGGUGGGUGGAAACCGGCUGGUCAGAAAGCGAUGAACCAAUCAGAGCAGAGGAUGUAAAUUAGCUGCAGAAAGGUGGUUUUGUGUCUGUAGGUGUGAUGAGAGCGAGGCUGCAGCAGAAACUCUAACGGGAAAGUGAGACGCUGCAGGCCGACGUGUGAAGACGUGGGCGUUCGACGUGCACGGGUAGCUGCAGAGGACGAAGAAAACAGACUCCUGUCUCCUCCUCCUCCUCCUGACGAGCGUCUUUUUCUAACAGGACUCGAUGGUGUUUAAAGGCAGCUACACGGACGUGAUUAUUUAUCUAUUUAUUUGCCCUCAGUCACUUCCUGCUCUGCACUCUGUUUGGUUUUUGCUUUCAUCAGGUCAAAGUUUCUUCUGUUUCUCCUCACAAAUAUAUGCGUCUGUUAUCAGUCGAUCGUGUCUGCCUGCUUUGAUGUCGUCUGCUGAAAGCACCACGAGGCACUUCCUGAGCAGCUCACUGAGCUGCCAGUUUAUUAGGUACACCUCCACCUUUUAGGCAGCUCAGUGUUUUGCUGAAUUUCCAGCUCUGAGUCUCGGGCUCAUCUCCAACACUGGAAGCAGUUUUAAAAAAGAAUAAUUGGAUUAUAAGGAAGGAAUUCUUUAAUAAAGUGCAGGUAUGGCUGUUUAUGUACCUGUACAGGAAGGUCAGAGGUAUAGAGCUGAUGUCAUGUGGUGCUCUGGUGGUUAAAGGAUUAUUUUACUUUGAAUGAACUGCUGACCUGUGGAUACAGUUUUUGGUUUAAUGAACUGAGGGUGAAACCAGUGGGAGGCAGUGAAGGAAAGAUGACAGGUGACUUCAGUUAGGUCACAGAGGAACACAGGAGCCAAUCAGUGAUGAGGUGUUAUAGGUGCUAUUAGGAUGUAACAGGGUAUGUAUGCACUGCACAAAUAUGAAACCAGAGGGCAGUAUGCACUGACGAGCAGGUAAACAUGGUGACCUCACUGUGAGCACCGAGCAGAUCCAGUAUAACAGAUGGACAUAGAUCCAUGACAUCAGCACCAUGAUCAGCUUUUUCUCCAUCUUAAUGUUUUGAAAGUGGGCGUGGUGAGUGAGGGGCGGGUCUGACUGUGAAACUGCACGUUCACUGGUUAACAGCCGGUGAUUGACAGGUCAGUCAGGCUGAGAGGUCACACGAAGGUAGGCAUCAGCUCAGUACAUAAGCCCAUCAAUGUCACUGUGAAAGGGGCGGAGUCUGCAGUGUCUGACCAACCAGGGACAGGGACAGGUCAGCUGGCUGUGCGUGCGUGUGUGUGUGUGUGUGUGUGUGUGUGUGUGUGCGUGUGUGUGUGU